AUGGCUGGCAGGUCGACUGGCAGCUGCCUGGUCUGGAAAAGAAUCGGCUGGGACAAGGUUUCACUGGGGCCUCUGAUUCCCGGGGCUGUGGAUGCCCUGUGGCUGAAGCCCCGGGUGGCUCUCUGCUUCGCUCCCCUGCAGGACAUCACCAGCCUGCUGCACACCAUCUACGAGGUGGUUGACUCCUCCGUCAACCAUUCCCCGACGUCAAGCAAGACGCUGCGGGUGAAGCUCACGGUGGCCCCCGACGGAAGCCAGGGCAAGAAGGGCAUCCUUCUCAAUCACCCCGACCUGCAGAGCACGAGGCCCAGAGCGGAGACCAAACCCACCGAGGAGCUUCGAAGCUGGGAGAAGAAGCAGCGAGCCCCACUCAGGUUCCAGGGUGACAGCCGUCUGGAACAGUCCGGCUGCUACCCCCAUUGUGUGGAUGAGAACAUUGAGAGGAGAAACCACUACUUAGAUCUCGCCGGGAUAGAGAACUACACGUCCCAGUUUGGGCCCGGCUCCCCAUCAGUGGCCCAGAAGUCAGAGCUGCCCCCCCGCACCUCCAACCCCACUCGGUCUCGCUCCCAUGAGCCAGAAGCCAUCCACGUCCCACACCGAAAGCCCCAAGGCGCGGAGCCGGGCUCCUUCCACUUCCUUGACACCCCAUUCGCCAAGGUCUCGGAGGUCCAGCAGCGGCUCCGGGGCGCCCAGGACGGGAGCAAGCACUUUGUGAGGUCCCCCAAGGCCCAGGGCAAGAGCGUGGGUGUGGGCCCCGUGGCCAGAGGGGCACGAAGCAAAGCCCCUGUGGGCCCCGCCGUCCCCGCCGGGUCCCCAGCCGCCCACCUGGCCGCCAGCCCCGCCCUCCUCCCCGCGCUGGCACCCCUUGGGCCCAAGAAGCACAAGCACCGAGCCAAGGAGAGCCAGCAGGGCUGCCGGGGUCUGCAGGCGCCCCUGGCCGUGGGCGGCAGUGUCGUGGGGAGGGACCGCGUGAGGGACCUGCCGGCCGUGGUGGUGUAUGAGAGCCCGGCCGGCCAGGCGGUCCAGAGACAUGAACAUCACCACCACCACGAACAUCACCACCAUUAUCACCACUUUUACCAGACAUAGACCCCUCCCCGGAAGCCCCCACCCCGGCCAUAUGAAGGACCCCCCCUUCCCCAGGCCCCCCAAGGCAUUAUUAUUCUAUUAAUUAUUGUUAUUAUGACGAUUAUUGUUAUUAAUAAUUAUUGUUACUCCACUAAUAUUCAGCUAGCCUCCAUGUAGAAGAUAUAUGGGAACACAGAACUAAACUUUUAUUUAUAUGUUGUGAGGACUGCAUAACUUACCCAAGACAAUGACUCUGGGUUUGGAAGUGGCCUGUUGAGGGUGGACGCUCGCUCGGGCUCCCGAGGGGCAGUUUCCACGCAGGCUGGUCCACACCCUUCCCGGCUCUGGGGGAGCCCUCGGCCAGAACUGUGCCCUACCCCAGUCUCUUCCAGGAGAACACCCUUACCUGGCCCGCUUCCAGAGACCCUCGAAAUCUCCGAGAAGAUAAACAGCUGCUACCUCUUAGUAUUAUUCUGAUUUUCUUUUGCCCUUAACUGAUUGUAACGUGCUACAAGGGAUUUCAGCGGACCGCGGACGCGCGACCUUCCUGGCUCUUGUGUUUUUAUGUCCCAGCCUAGAAACCCUAGCUGUCCUUUCUGGAGCUCCCUUUCCUGCCCCUCCGGCGGGAUCACGUCCUCGCCCCAAACCAGUCCCAUCUUUUCUACCGUGCACCACAUGAAAAUACGCUUCUCCUCCUCCCUUCCCUUGUUCUCUCUUCUUUAGAAAGAUACCCACACACAUAUUUAAAGACUGCCCCUGAAACCAGCCUUCUCGUUUUGGAAACCUCUGGAGAGGGAACCCAACCACAAAAACAAGCGUGGUUUUCCCAGAUCGGGCAUUUGUGUGUUGUCGGUUGUGACCCAAGAUGUGGAAACCUCAUGUUCUCUACCGUUGGCAAAUAUAGACCUACCUACGUGGUUCUCUACCAGAGCUUCCUUAUCUAUGGCUAGGCGCCAUCUGUCCAUGUAUCUUUCUAUAAAUAUACACUCUCAGGUAACUUU